AUGACUCUCUUCUAUCCAAAAGCACAAUAUCUAAUCGAAGCUAGGUUUUUGGCGUCGGAUACGGUUGAACUUUGCACUGCAACAAACUCCGAGACUUUGAAGAUUCACCAAAAGCUUCUGGCAUCGAAAUGCAAAGCUCCGAUGGUAGCUCUCACCCACGGGUUCUCAGAGCGCGAGUCUGGGCGGUAUACAUUUACGGACACAAGUCAAGACACCGUGGCACAGUUUAUCGAAUGGGCAUACAGGGGUGACUAUACGGAGAUGAUGCUCGCGCCUAUCGAAGUACCUCAACCGAAGCAGCUUAAGGACUCAGCGGAGUUGCCGAAUCCGGAGCUAACGGGCAACGAGAACAAGGCCUUGCAAGCACAUACCCUAUUAUGUCAUCUACGACUUUACAUAUUCAGUGACGUUUAUUUCGUCUCAGGACUCAAGGAACUAGCAUUCGAGAAGUUCACAGCGGCCUUGGAAAAUAUGGGGAAGCCAAGGAAUCUAAAUGAGCAGCUUGCGGUCAUUGAUUGUCUUUCGUUGGCUUUCUCGAGAGUGCCUCUCCACGAUAAGCUUAUUGAAUGGCUUGCCCAGUAUGCUGCUUGGUGCUUAGACAAAUUACGUCUUCAAAGCCAAUUCCAUGAUUUGCUUCAGAGGGUACCCGCACUUAGCUCUCGCAUGAUGGAUACAGUGAACCCGGCCAAUGAAGCUCCUUGGAAUACCACCGCCUCAUCACGCAAUUACCAUGUCCCAGCCUACGAUACGCGGGCUGACUUUGGGUAUGAAGACGAUUAUUGA